AUGGUUACAUUAGUUUUGCCAACUCUGUUUGAGAGUUAUGGUCCCGGCCAGGUUCUAGAAUGUGUUAAUGGCAUUAUAUGUCACUAUACACAACCUUGUCCUGAUGUAAUAAUAGGACUUUGGAAUCCCAAAACCGACGAGCAUAAAAGUAUUCCUCCGGGUAUUACUGAUGAUGAGCCCGGUUAUGAUCGGCAUGUAAGUGUUCAUGGAUUUGGUUAUGAUAAUGUGAAUGAUGAUUAUAAAGUGAUUCAAUGUGUAUAUUAUAAUUAUGAUCCAAUGUUAUUAGAAGAGCCUGUUCUAACAAUUUGGCAAAUUUAUAGUCUAAAAAGUAAUUGUUGGAAGAAACUUGAUCUUGAAAUGACUAAGAAAGAAGAUGUAGACAAAGCUUCUACAGCGUACUUGAAUGGAGUAUGCCACUGGUGGGGUAGCGAGUUUGCCACGAAUGGACUCGAAGAACAAGUACUUGUGUCAUUUAACCUCAGCACUGAAAUAUUUCGAACCACAUCAAUUGUUUGGCUGCAAGAAAAUGAUGAUAGCCUUAUCAGAACUUUGGUAGUGCUCAACGAGUCUGUUGCUCUGAUUUCCUCUUUUGCUCAAAAUAAUCGCAUUGAAAUAUCCCUUUUGGGUGAAGUUGGUGUGAAGGAAUCUUGGGUGAAGCUUUUCACACUUGGACCCUUUCCAUUAGAAUUUCCUUGUCCAAUGAGAAUGGGCAACAAAUGUGAUGUAAUAUUUUAUAUCGGAGACGAUAGCAAUGAAUUGGCUUCUUUUGAUGUCAUCACGGGAAAAGUAAUUCACAAUAUUAAUAUCAAAACAAGAAUGUUUGGUACAUGGAUUUACAAGGAAAGCCUCGUCUCUUUCACAAAAUAA